GGGGGGCGGGGGCUGCUGCGCCGCGCAGGAGUGGGCUGCAGGGGCCUCGCGCGCGGGGCUCACUCGCGCUGCGGCGGCCCGCGCGCUCCCUCCAGCUCGGAGCUGCCCCGCGCCCCGCCGCCCGCUGGGCCUGCCGCCCCGGCCUGCGGCGCAGAUGGCUGUGCGCGGCGCCAACACCUUGACGCCCUUCUCCAUCCAGGCGAUCCUCAACAAGAAAGAAGAGCGCGGCGGUCUGCCCGCGCUGGAUGGGCGCCCGGUGCCCGGGGGCACAGCGGUGGCAGUGGCUGCGGCUCCCGCCGUCUGCUGCUGGCGGCUCUUUGGGGAGACAGACGCAGGCGCUCUGGGGGGCUCCGAGGACUCUCUGCUGGCGUCGCCUGCCGGGACCAGAACUGCUGCGGGGCGGACCGCCGAGAGCCUGGGCGGCUGGGACUCGGACUCCGCGCUGAGCGAGGAGAACGAGGGCGGGCAGCGCUGCGCGGACGCGCCGGGGGCCAGUGGGGCCGGCCGUGCGGGGGGAACCGUGGGCCUCGGCCAGCCGGUCUGCGAGCUGCCAGCCGCCAAGGAUCUGGAGGAGGAAGCCGCGGGCCGGAGCGACAGCGAGAUGUCGGCCAGCGUCUCAGGCGACCGCAGCCCGAGGGCGGAGGACCACGGCGGUGGCCCCGGAAGCGCACGCGUGCCGACGCUGUGCAGCCGAGCCGGCGGCGGAGGCAGCGGGCCGGCGGGCGGCGCGGAGGAGGAGGAGCCCGCGGCGCCCAAACCGCGCAAGAAGCGCUCGAGGGCCGCCUUCUCCCACGCGCAGGUCUUCGAGCUGGAGCGCCGCUUCAACCACCAGCGCUACCUGUCCGGGCCGGAGCGCGCCGACCUGGCCGCCUCGCUGAAGCUCACUGAGACGCAGGUGAAGAUCUGGUUCCAGAACCGCCGCUACAAGACCAAGCGCCGGCAGAUGGCCGCCGACCUCCUGGCCUCGGCGCCCGCCGCCAAGAAGGUGGCGGUGAAAGUGUUGGUGCGUGACGACCAGAGACAGUACCUGCCCGGCGAGGUGCUGCGGCCACCCUCGCUGCUGCCUCUGCAGCCUUCUUAUUAUUACCCUUACUACUGCCUCCCGGGCUGGGCACUCUCCACUUGCGCGGCCGCCGCGGGCACCCAGUGAGCUGACCUGGGGGGAGGCAGAAAACGAUCCCCACGCCCCAGCUCCAGAUGGCCGCUGACGGCUGUGCAGGUUGUGUACUGCACAGAGGCGCCGCGCCGAGGGGGCAAGUGGUGCAUAAAAUACAGCACCGGCUCUGCUAUCCAGCAGUGGGCCCUGGCAGCGGGACUGAACGUCCAGAGGGGUCGCCUUUUUCUAAUUUGGACAGAGGCACCCUAUAGCCUAGGGGCCCUGCUCUACCCGCCCCACGCUCAUCUGCCUGGAAGCCCUUGGACAUUAUUUAUUACCACGACAAUGUUGAAUUUGGAUUGUGUCUGCCUGGGGAUGGCGUCUCCCCAGAGCAAAGAGAACUCCUGGAGACCACAUAGCCUGAAUCCCCAGAAUUUCAGGCCUGCCGGGAGCUUCGUGCUAGGCCACACUAGUUCAUGGUAUCCAUGCUACCAAUCUAUGUGUAUCUACAUAUCUAUUAUUUUUGAAAAUUGCAUUUGUUUCAAGGGGGUGAGGAACCCUGGGAGCCCCAGGCCAGUUGAUCUGAACCGUGAAGGGUUUGGUUUUCGGGCCCUCUGCCCCCCCCCACUCCUGCCCCGGAGUCAGAGCUCAGGUGGGGCUCCCUAUUGGGUGCUACAUGUAAGGAAAGGAGCGCCUUAGCCCAGGAGCUCAGGGCAGGCAGGGGUCCUGAAUCUCUUUCCUCUCUGAGGUCCAGAGCCGCGACCAACUGGGGGGCGCCUGGGAGCCCCCGAACCAAGAGAGAGCAAACUCGGCAGCCCUUCGUAGAAAUUUCCCUGUCUUUUUAUUUUUUUUAAGUUUUAAAAAGGAGGUUAAAACUUGUAGCACUUUUCAGUUGUUUGUACUCAAAUGACGGUUAUUUUUGUAUUCAAUGUGAAUAUCCCUACCAGCCUCUUAUUGGCUGGCCCGCAGUUCGGCCGCCAGGCCCUCUGUCUACCGUCCAUUUGCAGGAUUCCUGUGUUCGGACCCAGGAUUCUCCCAUCCCUGUCCCUGCCCCUAAAACAGAUUAUCCUGUCAACCUCGUGUCAACUUCGCCGCUUUUGCCUCCUUCAAGGCACCGUGCACUCAACUAGAGUAUUAACUUUAAAAAGAUUUGUGAAGUUUG